AUGGCCGAUAGUGAGGUGAAAGCAAGGCGCAAGCUGGAGGAAGCGGAAAGGAAGUGUCGUGGUGGCGGAGGUUUUCUCGGGAAAAUCUUUGGUGGAAGCAGUGCUAAUGAAGCAGCGGACUUAUUCGUUCAGGCUGGAAACCUGUUCAAAAUGGCCAAACUUUGGAAGGAAGGAGGUGAUGCCUUCGUGAGGGCAGCAGAACUGAAUGGAGCGAAAGGAGAUUCCAAACACGAAUGUGCAAGCCAGUAUGCCGAAGCUGCCAACUGUUACAGGAAGAUCAACCCACAGUUAGCUGUGGACUGUCUUUUGAAAACAUGUGAGAUCUAUACAGAUAUGGGACGCUUCAAUAUGGCUGCAAAAAACCACGUUACAAUUGCUGAAUUAUUUGAAACUGAAUGCCCAGACACGGAACAAUGUAUUCAGCAUUAUCAAAAAGCCGCUGAUUACUACAAAGGGGAAGAGUCGAAAAGUAGUGCAACAAAGUGUCUCAUCAAAGUUGCCCAGUAUGCUGCUCAACUGGAACAAUAUCAGAAGGCGGUAGCUGUGUUCGAGGAGAUAGCAAUGUGGGAGGCCGACCAUCCAACAUUGAAAUACGCCGCGAAGAAUCAUUUCUUCCAGGCCCUUUUGUGCUACCUUUGUAUGGAUCCGCUUGAUGCACAACACGCGUUGAAGCGUUACGAAGACGUAUCACCUUCGUUUGCAGAUUCACGAGAGGCCAAAUUAGUCAAGGUACAUUUAUUUAUUGACGGUAAUGAAGAGUUAUUCACAGAUACGGUCAAGGCAUACGAUAAAAUCAGUCGACUCGACCAGUGGCAUACUGGAUUACUGGUUAAGAUCAAAAGAACCAUUAACAAGGAAGAUGAGGAUGAUCUUAAGUAG